AUCAGGCACUGUGCGAGUCAAGUGCGGCGUUAAGGUUGAUGGCCAUCCACAAGCUUCUGAAAUUUGUAAACCUGAAUAGCUGGGAUGGACACACUCCGGAAAUUUAAACCGUUGUUAGGUAAAAUAAGAGGCAGGUACAGACGGAGCGUUGACGCUGUGCUCAGGCUCCGAGGCUUCGAUGGGAAUUAUAGCUGCUGGCUCUGUCGAGAUCUCAAACCCUGGCGCUGGCCUGUGGACGAUCUCGACAACGGAUACGACACAGACGAAGCAACUGAAGAUGACUGGGAGCCCGUACCCCCCGAAGACUAUCCUCGGUCGACACAUGACCGCAGCUUUUUUGUUGCCGAGCUGCGAAUGACAUCUCCCUCUUGCCCUGCCUGCGCGGUUAUCCUCGAUCUACUUGAGCAAAACAUACCGAACCUUGACAAUGGUCGAAAAGUGGAACUUGAGACGUCACAUAGCAAGCUUGUGAUAGAUGCAAGAGAGAUCGGCAGAUAUCCCUUUGAUGUAUUCGAGCUCUACCGGCUCACGCCGCCAGCAGAUAGAGACCGAGUCAUCUGGCCAGCUGUUAGGGUCGCACGGUCGCUAUCCCCAUCGUUCUCGGUCGCAGAUGCAUCUCCGCUGAUAGAAUCGUGGCUGGAGAACUGCGAGGCCAAUCACCGAGAGUGUGGUCUCGACUUGGAGUUAACCCUGCCCACCCGCGUGAUCGCAGUCGGGGCCGCCAACGAGGAUCCACGCCUCCACGAGACGCAGCCGGGAGAGACGGGUCGGUACGCUGCACUCAGCCAUUGUUGGGGUCUGCCGGGAUCCCUUACUGCCAAAACGACCAGAGCGAAUUUAUCACAGCGGAAGCAGGCGAUUCCAAUGCGGGACCUGCCCACGACAUUUUCGGACGCCAUCCAUUUGUCCAGGGCGCUUGGGAUCCCGUACCUCUGGAUCGACUCUCUGUGCAUCAUCCAGGACGACAAGGCCGACUGGAAUCGAGAGGCCGAGUGCAUGGCCGACGUGUACGGUAAUGCCACGCUGACUUUCUCUGCCGACGCUGCGCCGUCCGGCGAGGAUGGGCUGUUCCAGCCCGUGAGCAGGCGUAGGGUUCCUGCCGCGGUCAAGUAUUGCUGCCCCUCCUCGCCUGCCGGCGAUGAGGACGAGCCAAACUACGUCUAUGGCCGCAGAAUUUUCGUCCAUGGCAGAUAUACUAGCGCAGAAAAGGUACAUUCAAUCACCAAUGCGCCACCUUGGGUCUACGAGCCGUUGCACCUCCGGGCCUGGACCUUUCAAGAAUACCUUUUGUCACGGCGCAUCGUCCAUUUCGUCACGGGCGAGCUCUUGUGGGAUUGCCGGAGAACCGAGGGGUGCGAGUGUCAAAUCCAGGAAGUGCUCACCGAACGGCCUCAAUUCCAUGAUCUAUUGCGCACUAGCUGGAGAAUACACGGCACCGUCUGGUGGUAUUUUAUUGAGACUUUGUCACGUCGUGGCAUGACCUACCCCUCGGAUAGUCUGCCGGCGUUGGCGGGUAUUGCGAAAGCAGUCUCCGCUUCAUGGAGGCAUAACGACUGCUACAUCGCAGGUCACUGGAAAUCCGAGCUACCACGCUCGCUGCUGUGGAGGAGGGGAGGCCAGCUCCACCACCCUGGGGCUCAUAACUAUGGAGGCACAAACGUCGCCUCUCGUCGACAGGCAAGGUAUGUCGCACCAUCCUGGGCUUGGCCUUCGGUGGUUGGUCCGGUCUACCACGAUAACGUCUACACCGACCCACCCGAUGUUCGUGAGAGAUGGGUUAGCUCGUAUGACUACACCCAUAUUGUUUGCCAGGUCCUGAAUGUCUCGUAUGAGCUGGCUAGUAGCAACCCAUACGGCCAUCUUCGAUCUGGAUCCAUCGUCAUCAGAGGCAUGACCUUAAUGCUCCACGGCUGUGUCGACGUUGAAGACAGUGAGCAUAAAGGAAAGCAGGGUCGGUUACACGUGCGCUUCAUAAGGGAUGAAUGGCAACCGGGCCAAGCGGCAAGCCCCGAGGACGUCUUGUACUUGCCCAUCGUCGGCAACUGCUACCGUAAGGACUACAUACACUCUUCAAGGCCCCCAAAGCUCCAUCGCGUGGUCCAGACCAAAGGGCUUGCCCUCAAAGCGGCCGCAGGGCAAGACGAUACCUUUGUCCGGAUCGGGUUCCUGAGGGUUUACUUUUAUCGCCGGAGACAAGCGGUGUGGAAGGAUCGGCGUGAACGCAAGAGGCCGCGCGCAGAGGAAAUAUUGAAAACCGAGUUUCAACUGCCGGUGAGGACCGUCACCAUCAUCUAGGAACUCGUCAACGCGACAGCGACUCGACAUCGAACCCCGCCCUCUGCACACAGAUCGGUGAAGAUA